AUGCUCGCCAACCGAAUCGCCCUUCUGGAAUAUGACGUGCCUGGGCCACAGGUCAUUCAUGAACGGAUGGUCAUCGAGCAUGUGGGCGGGGACGACUAUGGGAGGUUGCAGCCAUCAAUGAUGAAGGAAGGCGACUGGCGCAGCAAGAGAGGGCCCAACGUGGAGGUGCCGCGGGGGGGAUUGCUGCGCCGCCCGGAGGAGCCGUGGCCCCGCGAUCUGCUGCUCCGGCGGCAGACGCGGUUCCAACUGGCCCAGGAGCAUUUUCAACUGUCGAUGAUGCUGAGGCAACUCCUGCAAGUUGACAGUAUCAAUGGAUGCAACUCUUUGGGAGUGGAGCUCAUGUUCAGGCGACUUCAGACCAUUGAGUACGCCCACUCAGAGAAGGCCAGGGAGAACGAGUCGAGGCUGUCAGGAGGCAAGUUGGCGUUGGAGGAGCAGUAUGUUUUCGGAUCAGUUGUCCGACAUGCCGGAACCCUGAUGAUUGCGCCUUCGUUGCUGAGCCACGUGAAGGAGGAGACAGAGAAGGAGGUGCUGCUGGCCAAGAAUCUCCGCAAGGCCAAGGAGGAAAGGGAGUUGGCCGCCAAGAAAGGCGGGAAGAAGAAUGCCAAGAAUGAGGAAGGACUGCAGAAAUCCAUCUUCGGAGGCCAGUGUUUGCAGAACUGUUCGACGGAGGCUGGAGAGACGGCAGCACGUGAGUCAGAUGGUGGAGGAGCGUUAGAACAGCUCCGGGCUUUCGACGGGUACGGCGACGACCAGAUGCCGUUGCUGGAGGCAGAUCUGGUGGAAGUCGUGAAGGAGAAGUGGGCAGAGAAGAUAGAGAUCUUCUUUGUUGCCAAGAAGGCCACAGCAGUCCAAUGGGCCGCCAACGCAGAGGGCAUCAGCCACAAUCAGCAGACGGUCCUUCAAGAGGGUCCCUUUUUCCUGCUCGGCCCCACCUACCUGUUGUUCAUGGUCAUUCAUCGGCAGAUUCCAAUGCCUCAGCUGGCCCCCGAUCACCGGAAGAGGGAAGCAAAGAAGGUGAGGAAGAAGAAGGAAGCGCCCGGCCAGCAGCCUGCCUUGAAUCUCGAGAAGCAGGCCAAAAGACAACAACAGCUGGAGCAAGUUGGCAGUCUCGCGAACGCCUCAGUGGGUCCAGUGGCUCUGAGUCGGUAUCAGGCAAUGCGGGAGAGGCUGCAGACGAGCGCCGGUCAAACGAUCAAUGCUCGAGUCUCUGCAAAGCGGAUGGACCAGAUGCUGUGCAAUUGCCUGCACGAGAUGUUUCUGGAGGGCGAAGGGUUCAGUUCAGCCCAGUACGUGGUGGCAGCCGCAUUGUUUUUCUGCCCCCACCUUCGGUCGCCUCGUCAGAUGAUGCUGCCUAUGACCAAACAGUGCUUGCAGGGAUGGAGAAAACUAGACCCACCUUUGUCCCGGCUGCCGCUCCCACACGAGGUCGUGUGUCUGAUGGCCGAGCACUCAAUCAAGAAGAGCAAGAUCGAGGAAGGACUCAUGAUGCAUUUGGCCAUGGAGGCCUAUCUUCGGCCGGGGGAGCUCAACAAGAUCAGAGUGGGCGAUGUGGUGCCGCCGGUAGCCGGCAGCAAGAAGCCGCAGUGGUCCCUGGUCCUUCACCCGACCGAGGAGGGUCAGAUGUCCAAAGCUCAGGAGUUCGACGAGACCAUCAUCUUCGAUCUAGACGAGCAGCCUGCCCUUCUGGAAGCCAUUUACCGUGUCAUGCGGCUGGCGUUCAGGAAUCCUCAGGAGAAGGUAUUCAGUGUGAAGUUCGAAGAGGUCAUGCGAAGGAUGGAAGAGGCAUGCCAGGCUCACAACAUGACAUGUCUGGGCCCGCCACAUGCGUAUCGGCUUCGACAUGCAGGGGCCUCCCGGGAUUUUCUGCUAAAAGCACGCAACAUGGCGGACAUACAGCAGCGAGGAAGAUGGAAAGCGCCGUCCUCAACCCGAAGAUACCAAAAAGGGGGUCGCUUGCAACAGAUGCUGCAUCAACUGCCCAAGGCCGCACGAGAUGCGGCGUUAAGGGCAAGCCAGCGUCGCGUGGCCUUGCUCCGCAGCCUGCGCUGA